AUGAGACCUUCUGUGGAUCCAGGAAACUGGUCCCCUUUUCUUGGGCGGGAAGUCCCUGAUGGUGGAGCCAAGACAAAAAAGGAGGGAUGGUUUCUUCUCGCUGCGUGUGCUACGGGAGGCAGCGCAGCAUGUGACUCGAGGGAGAAGCGGUCCGCAGACUAUUCUAGUGCAGGGCACGUCGACGAUGGAUCGAAUCACCCUGCAAAACGAAGAAGUUCCUACUCUUCACGGUCUGCCGACAACUCGUCGACACAUUUGCUGAACGCAAGUUCAGUCCCACGAAGAGAACUCCCCCACGACCACGAUGACUCCCGUCGAGAUCUAGUGCCAGUUGUUUAG